AUGCCUGAGCCCCUGGAAUCGGAUCCUCCCCUUAUUGACAAAGAUGACCCAGAGUCUCUUUCACCAGCUGCGCUUCGUUUUGCGGACGACAAGCCUCAUGAGUUUCUCAAAUACCUUCAUCGCGUCUGGGACACAAACAAACAACAAGUCCUUGAAUCGACUAAGCUGCUGCAUCAACUGAAGCAGGUCAAGGUCGCUUGUUGCGACGGACAUCUUCAUCCUGUUUCCGAGGCAUGGCUUCGUACAACAGACCUCGUCAGCAUUUGUUCUAAGUUUCUUUUGCCUGAGGAACAAUUUCGUUUUGUUAUUCUUAACGUUCAGGAACCCAAAGUCGAGGAACGAUCCUCGUGGACCUUCCUCAGGGAGAUUUGCCAAUACGAACUCGGCGAUCAGUUUCUCACUGAUCUUUUACUUACUAUCAAGAAAGCAUGGCCGACAAAUGUCAAAGAUCCAGGACGUGUCUUCGGGAUUUACAACUACCUCCUUCGUCGCGCGAUGUAUAAGAAAUUAUUUCCGGGCGGGCCUCACUACCCCUACAAGUAUCUAUCUGACGAUGAAAAGCGGAACAAUUUCAACGCUGGCGAACUUCUCCUCCACAAGGGCAAAUGGAUAAAGCCCAGUUCAUGCUUUCUCCAUGCGCCAGAUUACGUGCGGUCGAAGAUAGUCCUCAUGCCCGUGUCCGCUGAAACUGACGCAAGCUCCUCUGAACCACUAUCGAUAACUGAAUUCUAUCAACUGUUUCUCGGCAUUCCGGACUUUCCUAUGGCCUGGUGUAGCAUCUUUUAUGGGCUGAAUGCUCUCCAGAAGUCGACUGGUCAAACGUCCAUUCAAUCAGUGGCUGAACUUUAUCGUGCGUUGAAUGAGUGUGAGCUAUCUGAGGAAGAGAGAACCACCAUGCGGUUAUUCAACAUGAUCGCUGUUCAGCAGGGUAGUGUCAUCAAGUGGCAAACCCAGCUCACAUGUAUUUGGUCGCCGCUCAUGAAAAUCAGAAACUUGGCCGAGUUGAGCAGACUAUAUCCAGAUCUCAAAGAGCUCUUCGUAGGCCUCCUAGGGGUCGAAGAAGCAACAGACAAAACCAUUUUGUCACGCAUGUCUGACGGGACACCGGAUUUCGAGAUGCGAGACCUUUUCAGCCUUCUCAACUGCCUGAUCACGAAGUCCAAAAUAUCGAUCAAACCUGACGAACUUUUGCCCCGGCGAGUUUUUCUUGGAAAGUUGAAAGGCAAAAGUUAUCGCUUUGCUGGCACGGAAGAGUUCUUUAUUCCCGAUGACCAGGAGUUCGCGGCAACCUUCAAGAACGAUCUCCCUCUCCUCGAUGCUUCUGCCGAGGAGAUCGCGAUUCUCAAUCCACUUUUCUCAUGGCUGGGCUUCGAGGAUCGCUAUUUGUCGAACCGUGUCCGCCACAGGUGCAUUUGGGGUCCAACUGCACAACAACAGAGGCUUGAAUGGGAUGUGGUUGAGAGGGCGGAAGGUAUUCUUCGAAUCGCCAUGCAUUGCGGCAGCCCCCGAACGACAACAAAACCAGGCAGAGUGGCACUUCUAAAUGUCUUGAGAAAUGCUGAAGUGCUUGCUGUCAAAGGCAUGCAGUCUGAAAAAGUGCUGCUUUGGCGUGGAAAAGGUUCCAGGUGCCUGGGCACUGGGCGGCAUCACCAUCACGGAUUCGCUGCUCCGAGCACACUCCCAAAGCUUUUUAUUCCUUCUAACGACGCAAGCCAUCCCGUGGACAAGCUCGUCAUUUACGUUUCACCUGACAAGGAAGAACGAGAACUAGCAGUCGUUACGGCACUCCCGCAGCGGUUGAUGCAAUGGCUCAUGGUAGAUCCGAAAACCCUGACAUGGGGAGCGGCCCCUGAGCGCGGCGUGAGCCUUCUGAAGACUGUGCUGACUGCUCCACCAAAUGCAAUUGAUGCCUUACUCACAAGUGAGGGAGUUGUACGCAUCCUAGUAACGAUGGCCAAUCGAACGAGGUUACAUCAAGAGGCUACACCCCAGAACACAACAUCAAAUGAGUCUGCUCAUCAGCCAUCCCAGCCUAGGCAUGAUUCCAACCCGUCCUCGGGCGUACUAUUUGAGUUUGUAGCUCACAGAAACGGAAUCGAGAACGCACCACUAGUCAGUUCCCUUACAGAAACCUUGGAGAAAGUGCAGCUGGCGAGCCUAUUCAUAUUCAGCCAACAACCAGAAUCAGCAGCAGGCCCCAGCAGCACAAGGGUGUCACAAGAGACGACACCCCAAGCAAACCAGCAUAAGUCAACCUCGGGGAGACAAACAGAAUCCCCCUCCGAGGACAAGAAGAUGCCAUUGAAGGACGAGCCAGUUCCUAGCGGGGAUGAGGACGAAUACACACCCCGAUACGCGUCUAUAAGCGAACGGCCCAAACUCAAACCCAUGUCGCGAAAGCGGUCUUGCUCGCCAUCAUCCAACUCACCACCGCCUUCUCACUUGAGUCAAAUCCCAGAUGAUGUGAUUCGUGGAAUAGAGAGACUGAGGAUUGCAGACACAUCUGAGGUGACUCUUCAGUCGCCCAAACUCAUCUCGGCAGCGUAG